AUGUCUCAGGCCGACAUUCCCACCAAGCAGACCGCGGCGCUGGUGCCGAAACAAGGUGGACCUGUCGUCUUUGAUGACGACUAUCCCGUCCCAAGGCCUCGUAUCGACGAAAUCCUGGUGAAGGUUCUAUACACGGGUGUCUGUCAGAGCGACCUGCACACGAAAGCUGGCACCGCAACGGGGGCCGACGGCCAGCCCAUCACGAACAUCAAGCUCCCUCACGUUGGCGGGCACGAAGGAGUGGGACGGGUCGUGGAAUUCGGGCCCAACGUGUCCCCGAGGGACGACCUGCAAGUAGGGACCCUGGUGGGCAUUCGCUUCGCAUCCCGCGUAUGCCACCAAUGCGAGUAUUGCACUUCAGGUAGAGAGCAGCACUGCACAAACGCGACGAAUCACCUCCAUCACGAGGACGGCAGCUUCCAGCAGUACUGCGUCCUUGAUACGAACUAUUUGACGCUGUUGCCACAAGAUGUCGACCCCCGGGUGAUCGGGCCCACGCUAUGUGCGGGUGUGACCGCCUACAAGGCUGUCGUGAACGCCCACCUCAAGGAAGGCGAAUGGCUGACCGUCAUCGGCGCUGGCGGAGGUCUAGGCCAUUUCGCAGUUCAGUACGGUCUUUCCCUGGGUGCAAAGGUGCUCGGGGUCGACGCCGGUGACGACAAGCGACAGUUUGUGGAGAGUCUGGGAGCUCGGUUCCUCGAUUUUAGCAAAUGCAAGGACCUCACACACGAAGUUCAGGGAAUCACGGGGGGUGGGACGCACGCCACGGUCGUGACGAGCGGCCACCCUCAGGCCUUUGGACGACUGGCCGACAUGAUCAGGGUAGGUGGGUCACUGUGUAUGGUAGGAAUUCCCCCAGGCGACGUUCAUCUAGACAUACCCAUCGCCACGAUCGUCAUCAAGGGCUUGCGAAUCCAGGGGAAUUUGGUGGGCUCGUUAAAGGAAACUCUUCAAGCGGUUGAAUUGGUGCGGGUUGGAAAGGUCAAGCCUCGCGUGCAAGUGCGUCCAUUCAGAGAUUUGCCCGAAGUGUAUGACAUGCUGGAGAAGGGUGACAUACCUGGCCGGAUUGUGUUGGAGAUGUAG